AAAAUGGAGGAUAAUGUCAAUUCUGGCAAGUGAUGGAAAUAGUAAUGACUUAACCAGCUGUAAUCUUUGUAAUUACAAACUGUACACAGCGAUAGAGAAAACACUCAAUGUUCAUGAUUUAAAACACUUCACCUCUGGACAAAUAAGAAUGCCAUGAACAAUGGAAGGUCAGACUCCAGCUCUAGCUAAUGCAUCAUACAUAGGCAACCCUGCACAAAGGUCAGAUGAAACUUGUCCAAAGUUGACAGUAGAGAAUUGCAAUGGGCAUGUCCAUGACAGACCUGUUUCUGAAGCUGUUGCAACUGAAGAUGCCAGAACACUUACACCAAAUGCCUCUGGCACAGACUUGGAAGGAGAUGAUGAUAUUAAUUGUGACGAGUUUGGUUGUUUAAAUGGAAACUUAAGUGAUGAAGCAGAACUGAAUAAUUAUUCUGUACAGCAUGCCAUUAAAAGAAAGCAUAAACAUUUUUGUAAGAAUGGUACUAAGCAUUCUAAUAGUCUUGGUGAGGCUGGAAAAAAACUAAAUGGUACGCCAAAUGUUAAUGGCUUAAAUGUAAAUCACUCUGGCCAUUCUAGAAAUGUUUGUAAUACAUAUAGACAUGAGAAUGAUUUAAUUUUUGGUAGAACUAGAGGUGGAACACACCAUGAAAAUGAUCUUGUUGUUGUGUCGUCAUCGACUUCAGAGCACAGUAUUGGCAUUUCUGGUGUUGAGGCAGAGAGACAAAGUUCUGCUCGGAAUGGAACAAAUGAUCUGACUGGAUUAAACAAUGGAGAUAUUGUUCAGAACAAUGCACCAAGAGUAAGUUUGUGUGAAGAUAAUGCUUUUAGUGGCAACAGCAAUAUUUCUGAUGGAACCGUCAAUGAUGAAGGACUACAUGCCCCUCUUGCCGAACCGGAAAGUCUUUCUGACGAUGAUGCCGAUGUUGGACGUGGAAUUUUAAGUAGGUUAAGGAAAGCUAAUAAUGAUGUUGUUUGUUAUUCAUGUGUCAAUGGAAUGGGGAAUAAUUCAGACACCCAAAAACCUUGUGACAGUAAUGGAGAUGCAUUUUCAUCAGAUGAAGAACACAGUUCAGAUAAUGUUAAAGAUGAACGUGAAGGAAGCUUACAUUUGAACCAUACAAAUCAGUGUCAUGAAGAUAUUUUAGCAGAAGGUAAUGAUUUAGAAAGUAAUCCGGAUGGGAUAGAAAAUUUAAACAUCAGAAACAACCCUGUAUCUGACCAAAGUGAAAUAGAUGAAGGAAACGAAAGUGAACAUAGUGUCUUCUCUGAAAUCUCCGAUAUGAAUGAUGAGAAUAGUGUCGAAAAUAAUGUCGAAGAAAAUGUGGAGGAAGGGUUGCAAGAAAAUGUGAUUGUUGAAGAGCAAACAGAGGAUGAUAAUGAUAACAAUGAUGACAUUGACGACAUUGGAGAUUUUAUUGAAGCAGAUCUACCUCCAAAUGUUGAAAGACUGGCAUUUUUCUCGCGAGAUUCAACCUCAGAUGAAGAUGAGGGCUGUGGAGACGAAGUUGUGGUAGCUAAUGACGAAGACAUUGUGUCAGACAAUGAAACUAUUGAUCCAACUGAUAGGUCUGAACAUUAUAUGGGAAGAGCAAGUGGAUUAAAUGUGACUUGUGAUGAAAAAGAUGCUUGUGCUGGUUCUCAUGGUCAUUUAAGUAAUUUUCUGUCAAGUAGAGAAGGUGAUUCAAGAGGAGAGCUAGGUGAAGCUUAUGCAUGCAAUAUUUCUUGUGAUAAAAGCACUGAAGAAAAUGAUGUAGACUUUGAUGAUGACUUUUUCAUGGAUUCUGUCGAUUCACAGGAUAAUAGGGCGAUAGAGUGUUCCAGUUGUUCUGUUCAAGGUCAUAGCAGAAACUCUUCAUAUGGAGAUAGAAAUAGUGCUGGACUAAAGGGAGAUCACUUAUGUGCUUGUUGUGAUCGGCCAAUGGAAGUGGACUCUGAAAGACAGAAAGAAAUGGGAGUUGAUGUCUGUGAUAAAUGUUUUAGAGAACACAACAUAGAGCAAAAAAGAUGGACUGAAAACUUGUAUGGAAACCGUAGAAGGUCACAUCCCUCUAGUGCUUCUAAUUUCUUACUUAGAAAUGGUGGCAAUUUACUUGCCCCUCUAAAUAACAAUUCUGACAAGGUCAGCAACAAUUCUUCUUCAUGUUAUGCCCGGUUUAGCAGUAGCGACAGUGACCCAUAUGAUCGGGUAUUUGUGUCAGACUCUUCGGACGUUCAGUCCCCAGAUGCGGAUAGCAGGCUGGACCCAGUGUUCCAACCCUCGAACAUACCUACUUCAGAUGGCAAUGUGCAAUAUAGAAAUAGUGGUUCAGAGAAUCAGUCAGAUGGCCAGCGUCUCAAUCGUAUGUCUGUAUCACUGGACUUUACGAGCCCAGAAGACGUCUCACAAUGCCCUUACUACACACGUCGCUCCCGCAGCCUCGACCAGGAGUUUGGCCUCGGGGAUAAUGCAUCAGACAACAGGUCAGGAGAAAGUGAGGUACCCAAUAUUGCUGGCGCCGUAGCGAGCUCCAACUUUCAGGAGGAUGAGAGUAACACUCGUGAAAAAGUGUUCGUGAAGGAAGCAUACAGUGUGACCCCUCCCCAAAACCACAGGGGACGGCCCCUUUCACCAACCAUACGCGGAUGCAGUAGCUCAGAUGAGGAGGAGAAUGAGCGUAUGCCCAUAGCUGUGUCGGAUAACAGCGAAUGUCGGGCAGGGCAGGUAUGCCGGGUGUCCGACAGGGUGUCCAACAUGAACCUCAUGUCAGAGGAUAGUUACCAUGAAUAUUGUGGCACUGACAAACAAUCCAGGCAGCACAAAAUGAGAUAUGAAGAGAGUGAGCCAAUCUACGAGGACAUUGACCAGCUGGGUCUAUUACUGGAGGAGUCCUGUACUGACCAGGAGCCUGGGGAAGGGCUGGCCACACAGCCUAUCUGUCAUGCCAUCUCAAAGUUACGACGGAAGCGUCGAGCCCGAAGUCCGGAGAAUGAUGUAGAGAAGGUGAUGAUCUGGAAGGAGUAUGAGGCUUACCUCAUUCAGGUGAAGCAGAUCGGCACCUCGGCCUGUGGACCCACCGCUGUGCUCAAUGUCCUGAAAGCAUUUGAUUUCCAAUUGGACAAGGAUGAGGUUGUGGAUUUGAUCCGCUCCAAUCUGCGUAUGGAGGCUGCCCCCAUUCCCUACUACCUCUUCUCAAGAUACAACGCAGGAACGACAGCUGAUGACCUUGUAGAGGGUGUUACCAAGGUAACGAGGGGCGCUAUAAGAGGCCGAUUCUUCCAUUUCCAUCCCUAUAGGGACGUUAACCUGCUCAAAUGGCUCGGAUACUGGAUGCAAAGAGGAGCAGUACCCGUGGCUACGCUGAACCUGCAGCGUGGAGUGAAACCUGGCUGGACAAUCCCAGACGCAUGGCAUCACCAGAUGGUCUAUGGUGUCAGCAACAAAGGCGUGUACCUGACCAACCCACUGGAGAUCGUGCCAGUGAGUGUGAUACAGGAACAGCUGACAAGCGACUCUGUGUUACUCGUGAGGAGACAGGAUGUGGUGGGCCGCUUCCGAGACUGGUGUCCGCUCAACGAAAUAAUUCGACAAAAGGACCCUCGUUGGAGGACCAUGAAUGUGCUUGGUCAGGUUGUGCACAUGUUACGCGAGCAGUGCCUGCCCCUGGACCAGCUGGUCACUAUGAAGGGUCAGCUGACCUCCCAUGUCAGCAUUCCUGCCGCGUACAAGGCCGGCAUUAGUCUCUUCAUGAGGGCUUCUUCAGAUAAACUUCAAGAACUCAUGGAGACGCCUGAAUUACCAGUUAAAGAGUCCAAGUAAAGAUAUACCAUCAGCUGUCAUCAGCAUUCCUGCCGUGUAAAAGGCUGGUAGAAAUCUCUUCAUGGGUGCUCCUACAAAUAAGCUUCAAGAGUUUACGGAUAUGCCUGAGUUAACAGUUAAGGAGUCCAAGUUUAGAUAUAACAUCUGCCUCAUCAAUAUUCCCGCCACAAACAAGGCCAGCAUUAGUUUCUUCAUCAGGGUUUCUUCAAAGAACUUAAAGAUGCGCUUGAAUUACUUGUGAAGGAGUUCAAGAAAGAUAUAACAUUCGCCAUCAUCAGCAUUCCUGCUGUGUACAAGGCCCACAAUAAUCUCAAUAGGAGGGUUGCUUCAGAUAUGCUUUAAGAACUUACAGAAACACCUAAAUUACCAAGCAUGAUUCCAAAUGCAUUGAUCUGCAUUCCUGCUGCAUACAAGGUAUACAGAUCUGCUUUAAAAACACCUGAAUUACCAAGCAAGAUUCCAAAUGAAUUAUGAUAUGCAUUCCUGCCGUGUACAAAGCUGGCAUUAAUCUCUUCGUGAGAGCAUUUUUAGAAAUGCUUUAGGAACUUACAGAUGUGUUUGAAGUACCUGUCAAGGAGUCCAAAUGAAGUUAUAACAUCUAGAUAUCUGCCGUGUACAAAGCUGGCAUUAACCUCUUCAUGAGAGCAUGUUUAGAAAUGCUUUAAGAACUUACAGAUGUGCUUGAAGUACCUGUUAAGGAGUCAAAGUGAAGUUAUAACAUCUAGAUUUCUGCCGUGUGCAAAGCUAGUGUCUUCAUGGAGGGCAUCUUUAGAUAUGCUUUGAAUGCUUACAGAUGAGCUUCAAUUACCUAAGAUAUAUUAAAGAUAUAACAUCAGCCUCACCAGCAUUCCCGUCGUGUACAAAGCAGGAAUAAGUCUAUCAAUGAGCGCGUCUUCUGAAAUGCUUCAAGAUGCACCUGUUUAAGACUUCUUAGUAAAUUUAUAACAUCAGCAUUUCUGCUGCGUCAAAUUCUCUUUAUUAGCGUGUCUUCAGAUCUGUUUCAAAAUCUGUUGGAUGCUCAAGAGUUACCCAUCAAAGAGUCAGUGUAAGGAAAUAACGGCCCCAUUUCUUUUGUGUGCUAGGGCCGCAUUUAGUCUCUAUGACUUCCUUUAGUCAAAUUAAGCUGAAUUCAGCAUUCUCGCUGCAAACAAGAAAGGAAAAAGUCUCUUUAAGGGAGCGUUUCCAGAUAGGCUUUAAAGCUGCACUCUCACAGAUUGAACGUUUGGCAACUUUUUUUUUUUUGUCUUGGAACGAGCCAAUUUUUGGGAAAAUCCAUUGAAACCAGUGAAAUAAGACUGGUGAUAAAAAAAAUUAGACCUCAGAUUUUUAUAUAUAAGUUCAAAAAUUGAUGUUUUAUGCAUUUUUCUUAAACCGUUAGUAACGGUUUAGUAAUGGUUUAGGCCUUAAAACAUUAAUUUUUAAACAGAAACAUGAAAAUCUACGAUCUGAUUUUUUGUCAGCAAUCUUAUAUCAUUGGUUUGCAGAUAUUUACACAAAAAUUUGCUCAAGACAAAAAAUAAAAAAGUUGUAGAAAUGGUAAAUCUGCAGACACUUUUAGACGAACCUAACAGUUUGUGUUGUCCAUGGGUCCGGACCGAUUGAGUUUUCAAAAUUUAAGCAGCCCUCGUAUAUUCGCUAUUCAGCUUUUGAUUGUGCAUGUAAGUAAUAAGGAAUGUUCUUCCCCCAUUCGUUUGGGAAUAUGACCUUCGCCUUUCUGAAUUUCAUGUUGAUUUACCAGUACACAGAAUUGGAAUUUUUUGAAAAACACAAGUUAGUUUAAUAUUCUCAAAUUACUCUUUUUACCAUUUAUUUGAAGUACAGUUUUUUUAACAGAACUAUUAAAAUUGAAUAAAAUAAAACAAAAACAAAUAAUAAAUUGAUUCAACAUUUGGAAUUAUAUGGCCAUAAAAGAAAUAAAAAAACCCUGUAAGGAUUGAAAUAAAUCUAUUGUAGGAAAAAUAUCACAAGUUAAAAUUUCGUCAUCUGUCGUUUUUAUGAAGUAAAUUUGCUUUAACAAAAGUCAUCAUAUGAUUGAAAUCAUUUGAAUCAUGUUUUAUUAACUUCACAAGUUGACCCGAGUGAAAUGAUCCUUUCUGUAUUUUUUGAAAAUCGUCACAUGAUUAAAUUUUUCAUCUGUCAUUUUUAUGGAGUAAAUUAAGCUUUAACAAAAGUCAUCAUAUCAUUGAAAUCAUUUGAAUCAUGUUUUAUUAACUUCACAAGUUGACCUGAGUGAAAUGAUCCUUUCUGUAUUUUUUGAAUAUUGUCACAUGAUUAAAUUUUUCAUCUGUCAUUUUUAUGGAGUAAAUUAAGCUUUAACAAAAGUCAUCAUAUCAUUGAAAUCAUUUGAAUAAUGUUUUGUUGACUGUUCACAAGUUGACCCGAGUGAAAUGAUCCUUUCUGUAUUUUCUGAAGAUUUUAGCUUUAAGUUUUCUUAUAGCAUCAUUUGUUUAAUCGAAAGAAAAAUGUCUUUAAUUGUUGAACAUACACAUGUAAUUUGGUAAGACAUAUUGAGGGCUUAGAACUAGACGGUUGGAACGCCUUUAAUUUAUAUAAAAGUAACAGAAAAUGUGUAUGCCUAAACAGGGGUUUGAACCACAUACAUUUCAACCUGCAGUCAACACCAUUACGGUGUCGCUAUAAAAGCUAGCUGAACAGCAAAACUGUUGGAUGUGCCCUAUAUGGCUGACACUACACUCCUCCCUCUUUUACCUUUGGGGGACGGGACCAGAAACCCCUCGACCUGGAUGUACUGACCAAUACAGGUUCCGUACCGGCUCCUGUAAGUAAGGGCUACUUAAUUAUUUCUGACAUCAUACGUGAAAAAAAGAUGUGUAUGCAAAACUAGAGUUUGAACCCCGAACCUUUCAUCCCGAGUCAACACCACAACUUAGUCGCUUUAAAAGCUAGCUAAACAGCUAGUACCCUAUACAGCUGACACUACACUAUUUUCAAACGUCUUGCGCUAAGCCUGCAAUUUUUACUUUUACAUAAAAACAUUCUCAAAAAAAUCAUAUAAUAUCAUAUUCGUUUUGUAAAUGAAUUAGCAUUUAAAACCAUGACUCGUUUUUUAUUGUUUGAAUAGUUAGGUUGUUUAUUUUGAACUGAAAAUAAAAAAAAUGAUUUUUAGGCUGUCUGUUUUUCAAAGAACUUUUUUUGAGUUAUUGUCAUAGCCUCGAGUCAUUCUCAACAGGGGUAUGCAAAAUAUUUAACCAUGGCCAUGUCUCAAAAAUUGUUUCAAGAUAUUCAAAUUAAACUUGGUACACAUGUUGGCAAAGAUAUUACACACAUGAAAAACAAGGCCCAUAACUCUACCUUUAAAGCUGCACUCUCACAGAUUGACAGUUUUGACUUUUAUUUUUGUCUCAGAAUCAGCAGAUUUUGGCAUCAAUGCCUCAAUUGAGACUUAUAAGGUAACUCGCAAUACACUAGAUCUCAAUUGUUUGGAAAACUGCCUUAAAACUUAUUUUUUUAAAGCGUUAGUAAAGCUUUUGGCCAUAAAACAUCAAUUUUCGAACGUAAAGAUGAAAAACUGAGAAGUGAUCUUUUGUCAGCAGUCUUGUUUCACAAUUGUACAGACAUUUACGCAAAAACUGACUCAUUCAAAGACAUAAAAAUAAAAAAAGUUGUCAAAACGGUCAAUCUGUGAGAGUGCAGCUUUAAUAAUUGUCAGCUAUGCCCCUUUUUUUUCACAGAAAACACUAACAAGAGACAGAUGUUGGGGUUUGUUACUUGGCACUCAUGCUAUUUUCCCUUCUUAAUAGUUGUUGUCAGAAGCACUAUCAGAAAGUCAUGACAACAUUAGCUGUAUGAUUGUACGCUUAAGCAUUAAUAAAGGGUAUUUUGUUGAAACAAAAUAUGCUUGAUAAUUUUGGAAUACAAUGCAUUGUAUAUAUACCCCUGUCUUUCAAUAUUUCAUAAUGUGUAACAUGUGUUUUGUACAUUCUGUAUAUUCUGUAUAUUAUUUACUUAUAAGUAGUUGUACAUUUACAUGUAGCUUAUAUUGAAAGUUCUUAAUUAUUAGUUUAUAUCGAUGUAAGGCUUUCCUUAUUUUAAAUUAUAAAUCUUGGGUCUGUUUUCACACAAAAAAUCUUAAGACAACUUUUUGUUCAUGUCUAAAAUCCUCUAAUCCCAUUGGAUAGUAAUAUUAGCAAUCCAAUCAGGUAGCAAAAAAAGUCCUUGGUUAGUAUUUUUUAUGUAUGUAAGUUUUGUUUGUGAAACUAGACCCUGCAUCUUAUUUAAAUUAUAAAAUGAUUUUAUAAUAAUUUUAAAUGUUGGCUUUGUAUAGAGCAAAAUUAUUCACCUCAAAGUUAUUCAUUUACCCGUAGCUUUGUUAGAAAUGUUUAAAUUUUAUUUUGCUUCAAGGAAUGUUUAUCAUGACAUUUGACAUCAUUCAAAAGUUCUGAUAGUCAUUGUUGGUAACUGAUUUUACUCUCUUCCAUUACACUCAAUGCAUACCAUGGGAAAAUUGACCGACAAAAUCUCGUUUUAAUGAAUUUGCACGAGGCAGGGGAGACAACUGUUCUUCCACUGAAAACUUAUGCUACAAUAAAAUACUAUUCAAUAAUGCUAUAUUGUCUGUUGUCUCCAUAGGCGAGUGGUCUAAGUGCCUGUUUUAAAAUUUGUAGUGAUUUAGUGGAGGAAGUUCAACUUGAGAUUUUGCCAGAAUACUUUUUUUUUUAGGAAAACAUUAGCAUGAGUAUCUAUGCAUGUUUUCUUUGUGGAACAAGUGAAACUGCCUCAUUAAUAAUUUAUGAUUACGAGAUUUUUUUAGCCAAAUCGCCCAUGGUACAAAACAAAGCAUAGCACAGUAGUGUAUCGGGGUCUUCGACAAUAACAGAUUAUGUGAAAGUGGUCAAGUGUUAUAGUUGUUGGCCUAGCAGCCAUGAGGUAAGGCCCAUUCUCUUUGCCUCUCAAAAAGGACAAUAAAUGCUGGUUUUUACCUAGAAAAUGGACUAAAGGGCCAUUCAUAUCAGCUCAGAGAUGUCUUAUUAUAAAUAACAAUAAUUCUAAUAAUAACAAUAAUGAUAAUAAUAAUGAUAACGAUAAUAAUAAUGAUAAUAGUAAUGAUGAUAAUAAUUAUAAUGAUAAUGAUGAUUAUAAAGAUGAAAAUGAUAAUGAUAAUAGUAAUGAUGAUAAUAAUGAUGAUAAUGAUAUUAAUAAUGAUAGAAUUUACUAUCUGUAAAACUACCUUGAAAUAUUCAUACAUCAAUUUCCACUACAGUUUAUCUUAUACCUAUUAGAAGUUUAUUUUGAACCAAGUUAUUAUAUUUUGCAUCCUUAUAUCAACUGAAAAUCUUUUCUUGUGCAAUCAUAUAUCGAUAUUAAUUAUUCUAAACCAUUGUCUUAUUGUAAUGCAGGAGAUAAAACUAUGAUUAAGUGUUGUCGAAAGUCAUUUGUUAGCUCCCGAAAAUGUGAUCAUAAAUGGGUUAUGAUUUUCAGUCUUUUAACCCAUUAUAGAUUUCUUGAUGGAUUUAUUUAUAGAUAUUGGCUAGAAACAAAUUUUGGCAACUGAUCCUUCUUGUACAUGAUUUAUUUUAUAUUAUGAAAUCGAUGACUGAUCAAAACAUUGAUCAUGGUUUUGAUACAAAUUUCAAUCCACAAUGUAUACUUAUUAAAGUUUUUAUGAAUACUGAAUGUUACUAAAAUUAUAAGGAAAUAGCUGAAAGUAAACAAGUCAGUUAGAAACCACAAUUCAUCAUGUCACAUCUAAUGUAUGCGGAAGUUAUUCAGAAAAACACCAAAUCAAUAUUUUUACUUCAUUUUAUAUUUAAAUUAGAAAGAGAACAUUGAUGUACCUUAAACUUAUUAUUGUCUGUCAAGGGGCCGAUCGUUUAAAGCUUUGUUAAAGUUAACUACUUAGUUAACAACAUUCUUGUUAACCUUUAAUGAUGAAUUAUUUUAUUGAUGAAACUUAAACUUGAUAUUAUUUUGUCUGUCAAGGGGCCGAUUGCUUAAAACUUUGUAAAAGUUAACUUCUUUGUUAACAACAUUUUUGUUAACUUAAUUAUGAAUUAUUUUAUCAUGUACUGAUAUGUUUAAAUAAAACAAGCCCAGCCGAUACAGUUGCCUCAAAGUUGAUAAGAAUUGCUUCGGAUCACAUAUAUGUUAACAUUAACAACAACGUUAACAACGUUGUUAACUGCAUUUAAAUUUGAAACAGUUUGACCAAGGAAUGAUAUCUUUGCUCGAUUGAGAUUGCUACUUAGAAAACUAUAUUGUUUAGGUAUUUCCAUUAAGGCAAAAUGUCUCUUGCUUAUAGCUUGUUCGUUUUUCAAAGCCUUGGUGGCGUUGUACAAUAUCAAUAACCUUGACCAUACCUUAAAACUAUUAAAGAUAUUCAAAUGAAACUUUGUUCGCAUUUUGCCAGAGAAAAAAUCCUUAUAUAUAGCAAGGGCCACAACUCUCUCUGGCUUUAAUAAUUUUAUGCCCCUUAUUUUACAGAAAAAAAACAACUAAUAAACGUUGGUGGUUGCUCCCUGGCGCUUUCGUUUUUAGUUUAUUUAUAGUAUAAUGUUAAAAGCAAUUGUCUGAAACACAAUGAACAUUUCGAAAGGUUAUUGUUACCAUUUUCUGAAUAUGUAUUAAAGAUAAGUGCUUGUAAUGAAUAUUUUCGCCUGUGUAUAAUUGUCAAUGCACUUGUAUGUAUUGUUUCUUUUUGCAUGUAGCAUAAUUUGUUGUUAAUGUAUAUAUUUACUUAUAGGCAUCUGUUAAGUUAAGCUGUGAUUGUUUUUAUUAAUAGAAUAAACCAGUAUAAACCCUUA